UCAUCUAUGUGCCUAGGCAUUUGAAUCAGAUACUCGAGCAGGGGGCUCGUCUGUUCUGGUACCUAUUCUCUGUGCCGAAUCGAGCCCAGCCAUCUUUUUUCACUGUUCAGAUAGCAGAUUUUAGAGAGAGUCUCAAUUGAAAAUCCAUCACCACCUCCAUGCGCGUAUCCUAUGACCAACCAACCAUCCCGCGUUGAUAGUCCGGUUGGAACCUCUAUUCCCUUCCCCCCGUGCCUCACCCUGUCUUCUUCCCCAGGUCCAUCUCGUUCCUUUCCGAUCUAGGAAUACUAGCCGCGGCAUCUCGCCACCAUGUUGCGAAGCACGCGAUCACUUCUCGCGGGCACUUCUAGAGCUACCGCGUCACAGAACUCUCCGAUCGCACUCUUGCCUAGAUCGCUAUUCCGGGUAGUAACUACCGCCCCCUGCCCCAACCCAGUAUUCCGAAAGGUCCACGAUCCCCGCCUCCUCCCGCUUCCACCGAUGCGAGUGGCUCAGUAUGCCACCGAGGCGAGGCGUGGGCUCCCGCUAGGAAAGAAUCUCGAGGAAGAGAAGAAAUUCGGCCAAGAAAAGCUCGAGUCGAACCCGGAAGCAGUGACUACCGAGUCGAGUGUACGCCAUCUGUACGAGCCCGAUGAGCCGGGUACUGAGAAGCCCAUCCGACACGGCGUUAGGGAUGAUUUGAAAAGCGUUAAAGAUACCUUUUCCAUGGCCGCCGUACCCAGAGAACCCUACCUUAUAGGUCUCGCUGGUACCGUUCCCUAUCUCGCCACCUCCAUCUCCACUGUAUAUCUUUCGUGGGACUUGAACACUGAGUGGCCAACCACGUCCAGCUUCGCGAAUAACGUCUUGAUCGGCCACGACUCGGCUCAGCAUUUGUUAAACCUCAUCGAACCCAUACAGCUGGGCUACGGCGCCGUGAUCAUCAGCUUCCUCGGUGCCGUUCACUGGGGCCUUGAAUAUGCCGAGAAGACGCCGAACCCAGAGCGGAUGCGGUUCCGGUACGGACUCGGCGUCUUAGCCUCCGUCAUAGCAUGGCCGACGUUGUUCAUGCCGAUGGACUUUGCGCUCACGUCACAGUUUGCCGCCUUUGUCCUGCUGUACCUCGCCGAUUCUCGAGCCAGCGUUCGGGGUUGGGCGCCGCCCUGGUACGGAAUCUACAGGUUCGUGUUGACUGCCAUCGUAGGCGCCGCCAUCCUGAUCAGCCUCAUCGGGCGAAUGAAAGUCGGCGAAGCGAAGCCGAGACUCAGCGGCCUCAGCGACAAGGUCCACGAUCAUAGUAGAGAGCUGGAAUACACCAAGAAAUGGCGGGAUCUCGAGGAGAAGGAGAAGGCAGCGAAGGCGGCCGAGGCGGAGAGGAAGAGGAAGGAGGAAAAUGAAGAGGAGAGCAAUAAGAAAUCCGACAAGAAAAAGGAAGAGAACAGCGGCGAGGAUGAAAGCUCUGAGGAAGGCGGAGAACAGAAGGCGGGUGAAAAGGAUGAGGCUGGUAAUAAGGGCGAAGGGAAGGAAGGCGGUAAGAAUAAGGACAAGGGAAAGGGACAGACUGGAGGGGAUGAGUAACGUAGAGGGAGAGGGU